UUAAUCGAACCGGACAUUCAGCUCAGCGAAAGCGACGAGUCGAUCCCCGUCCAUUCUUUGCGUUUUUAAACCAAAGCCAGAACGAGCUCUCGAAGCUUUUUCUCUCCUCUGCUCCUGGUACGUAGAAAUCGAAAGCUCGACCUAAAACCAUGGACGCUUUACAAGCUCUGGUGGCGAAUAUCCAAGGGCUAUCGAGCGCUGGGGACAUCUCGCACCUUCAUGUUGUUCUGAAGCAGGCGCCGGACUCGCUCUACGCCGAGUCGACUCGAUUACUUCCUGUUCUGGACCAGCUUGACCCCUCCAAGCACUCUCUCGGAUACCUCUACAUCCUAGAGGCAUGCUCUUCUGGUUCGAUUUCAAAGGAGCAAGGAAGUGCGUUGGUUUUGCCUAUUGCCACAUUUAUUAAUUCCUGUGAUACGGAGCAGAUUCGUUUGGCACCUGAUAAAUUCCUAUCUGUUUGUAAGAGGUUCAAAGAUCAAGUUACGGUUCUUGAAGAACCACUGCGGGGAGUCGCACCAAUGUUGACAGCAAUUCGGAAAAUUCAGACCUCCUCAGAACAUUUGACUUCCUUGCAUCCAGAGUUUCUUCUUCUUUGUUUGUUGUCAAAAUGCUAUAAAGCUGGAUUGUCCAUUUUAGGUGAUGACAUUUUUGAGGUUGAUCAGCCAAGGGAUCUUUUUCUCUAUUGCUAUUACGGGGGGAUGAUAUGCAUCGGACAAAAGCGUUUUCAGAAAGCAUUGGAGCUUCUACACAAUGUUGUAACAGCUCCAAUGACUGUUAUUAAUGCAAUAGCUGUUGAAGCAUACAAAAAGUACAUAUUGGCUUCACUCAUUCACCAUGGGCAGUUCUCUACCAGUCUCCCUAAAUACACCUCAUCAGUAGCUCAGAGGAAUCUGAAGAACUUUUGUCAGCCCUACAUUGAAUUGGCAAAUAGCUAUAGCACUGGAAAAAUUGAAGAAUUGGAGACAUGUGUGCAGAAGUACAAGGAAAAGUUUGAAAACGACAACAAUCUUGGACUGGUGAAGCAGGUUAUAUCUUCCAUGUAUAAGCGAAACAUUCAGAGAUUGACUCAGACAUACUUGACUCUCUCCCUCCAAGAUAUCGCCAACAGUGUUCAACUAAACAGCGCCAAGGAGGCAGAAAUGCAUGUGCUACAAAUGAUCCAAGAUGGUGAGAUAUUUGCCACAAUUAACCAGAAAGAUGGAAUGGUUAGAUUUCUUGAGGAUCCUGAACAGUAUAAAACCUGUCAGAUGAUUGAACAUAUUGACUCAUCAAUACAGAGGAUAAUGGCACUGUCAAGGAAGCUGACUGCUAUGGAUGAAAACAUCUCGUCUGAUGCUUUGUUCUUAGGAAAGGUUGGAAGAGAACGACAGAGAUUUGACUUCGAUGAUUUCGACACUGUUCCUCAGAAAUUUAACAUAUGAAUUAAGCAGGAUCACGCUGUAUAUCGACCUAUCUACGUGAACUUGAGAAUUGUGAUGGCAAAGAUGCUGGACCAUUUUAUGUCUUUUCGGCUCCUUAUUGUGCAAAGAGAUGAAAAAAUUUCAGUGAUUUUCUCCCAAUUGAGAAGAAGAUAUCUCUAGGUACUGUCUAGUUAUAGAAUUAGUUUUGGUCAUGUUUUGUAUUAGCUUUUGUUUUGCUUUAUUUUUUUAUUGUUUCCUACAACGGUUAUUUAAAUAGCAUGUCCAGAAAGGAGGCAUUAGAGAGAGCUGAAACUAUGCAUGUGCAGUGGUAAGAAAAUUAACAAGGAUAUAGGCUUGGUCGGCCUAUGGAUCGACAUUCGAGGCUUUACACCAGGAAC